AUGGCUGGUUCUACUCAUUUUUUCCUAUUGUCUUUGAUUAUGACAUUGUCAUUGUCAAGCAUCGACAUGAGCAUGGCAGCUCGUAGCCUUUUGGAUACACCGGCGGCUCCACCUCCGGCAUUGGCGCUGCCUACAAUUCCAUCUCUGCCAAAGGCUUCAUUGCCUCCUUUGCCCUCAUUGCCAACACUGCCGAAAGCCACAUUGCCCCCACUGCCUAGCAUGCCAUUGCCAACUUUGCCGACUCAGCCAACUCUGCCAAAGCCCACUUUGCCACCACUCCCAUCUCAGCCAACACUGCCUCAAGCCACAUUGCCACCAUUGCCAACUCAACCAACUUUGCCAACAGCUCCCAAGGUGACUCUACCUCCUCUGCCAGCCACUCCAUUGCCCACCAUCCCAACUACAAUCCCUUCAAUAAUCCCCACCAUUCCAACAACAAUUCCAACAAUUCCUUUCUUCUCCCCACCCCCAUCAAACUGA